AUGGCUGCAGAAAUUAAGCCUGCUCCAAGAACACCUAAUGAUAGGUUUUCUACUACAAAAAAACCAGCUCUACUUAGCAAAUUAGAAGGUUGUACUGACGAUGUUAACGCUGCUGUUGUGAUACCUGGUGAGGACGGAGUAAUUAGCGUUUGCGAUGAUAAGACUGUACGAGUAUGGUUGAAAAGGGACUCUGGCCAAUAUUGGCCAAGUAUAUGUCAGUAUAUGCCAUCUGGAUGUACUUCAAUGUUUUACACUCCGGAGACAAGGCAACUUUUUAUUGGACAAGAAAAUGGUACCAUUUCAGAGUUCACCUUGGCCUCCGACUGUAAUAGAAUAAACCCUACACGCGAAUAUCUAGCACACACGGCUCGUGUGACUGCCGUAGUAUUUUCAUUGAGCUGUGAAUGGGUCUUAUCUGUAAGUAGGGACAAAAUGUUCUCCUACCACUGUAGUGAAACAGGUAGAAGAAUUGGUGGUUACUCCUUUGAAGCAUGGUGUACAGCCUUACAAUUUGAUUCCCAAUCAAAAUAUGCAUUUGUUGGAGACUAUAGUGGACAAAUAACUAUGUUAAAAUUAGACAAUAAUGGAGCAACAUUAGUCACAACAUUAAAAGGGCAUACUGGUUCUGUUAGAGUGUUGAAUUGGGCGGCAAUACCACAACUCCUGUUUAGUGGUUCCUUUGAUCAAACUGUAAUUGUAUGGGAUAUAGGAGGUCAAAAGGGAACAGCUUAUGAACUUCAAGGGCACAGCAACAAGGUGACAGGGUUAUGGUAUGUUGGAGGCUGUCAGAGGCUGCUCUCGAGUGGGGAGGAUGGGGCGUUGGGCGUUUGGGAAAUGGGCGUUCCUCGCAAGGAAACACCGGCGUGGCGUGAAAGUGAUAUUUGUCAGCUAUGCCGAGCACCCUUCAUAUGGAAUGUGAGGGCUAUGAUGGAGAAGAAGCAGCUUGGUCUUCGUCAACAUCACUGUCGUUGGUGUGGGGCGGCAGUUUGUGGGGCGUGUUCCCCUCAUCGUUUGCCGUUACCCAUAAUGGGCUUUGAAUUCCCGCAGCGCGUCUGCACUGGCUGCUACGACACGCUUCGACAUGAGCCCCGCGAAUCCCUAGCGUCAUUCCACGAUAUGAAGCACGCGGUGGCGUCCCUCUACAUGGACGAAGCCACAGGUCGAAUGUGCACAGCUGGCAAGGAUAGGGUUAUAAAGGUUUGGGAUAUUAGCGUGCUGGUAGCGCCUGCUCCGAAGCCCGGAACGAGCGACCAAUAA